ACGGAAUAUCGCCUCUGCCGCGUGCUGAGAGAACACCCCCGCCACCACCACCACUACUACUACCAUCACCACCACCGCCACCGCCAACCCCAUGUCUUUCUUCGGCUUCGACACGAGCCUGCCGCGCGACCGGGGCCACUCGUCCAAUGCCCCCGGCUUCGGCCAGCACGACGCUUUUGCUGCCCUCGGCGGCGGGGCAGCCGAUGACAAUGUCAUCGACUUUGAAGACACGUACGACGGCCUAGGCGACCAGCUCGACGAUGACGCCGACGACCACAACCAGGACACGUUUGGCGACGGCCCUGCCACGCAGCAGUCGGUGGGCAAGCACUUUGAUUUUGCUGGCCAGACAUCCUUGGUCGCCAGCACCCUGCAGGAGGAGCAGAUGCUCUUCCACGCCCGCCAAAAGGUCCCCCAGCAGCAGCAGCAAUAUCAGCAGCAACAGCAACAGCAGCAGCAGCACUACCAGCAGAGGCCGCCAGUCCCCACCGCCUCCAAGCCCAAUCGAUCGGGCUAUGAGAGCUACAAGGACCCCGAGUACAUUCCUCAGCUCGAGGCGCGCGCCGACAUCUGGGGCCUCAAGCCCAAGCAGCCCGCAGCCCAGCGCCAGCCCUCCCCGCAGCCCCCAGCAGCCGCCCAGCAGCCUGCGCCCACCAGGAAGGUCAUGAGCAUGGAAGAGGUCGAGGCCAUGAUGCGCGCCCAGUCGCUGAGCAACAACGAGUCCAGAGCUACUCCUCCAGCCCAGCAGCAACCCCUCGCGGGCUUCUCAGGCUACCACCAGCAGCAAUACCAGGAUCAGCAGCCGCAACUUGCCCAGGGCCAGCCACAGUAUCCCGGCAUGCCUGGCCAGUUUGCUCCGCAGAUCUUGCAGAGACCCCAGCAACAGAUCCGAGCUGAGCUUCCGGGCCAGCCUGUGCAGUCCCAGUCGCCCCAGCAGCCUACCAUACUCCAGCGACAGCGGCCCCAGUCCAACGACCACAGUGUCCAGCCGCGACAGAUCCUGCAGAACCCCAACCGUCUGUCAGGUCAAGGCCAGCCCAUGCAACCCGGCCCACAGGGUCACUCAGUGUCUCGCAGUCAACCAGGUGUCCACAACAGAGGCCCCUCGUUUCCUGGAAUGGUCAUUACCCACCCUGAGCAACUCCUCCAGCUGUCCGAGGCCGAGCGUGCUGCUUUCCUCGAAGAAGAUGCCAAACGAGCCAAGCGCAACCACAAAAUUGCCCUCUUGGCAAAGGACAAUGGCCUCAUGACGCCCCAGGACAAGAACUUCAUCACCCGCAUUCAGCUGCAGCAGCUGAUGACUGCGACUGGUAACGUGGAAGAAAGGGGCCCUGAAGCUGCCAUUGCCGAGGACUUUUACUACCAAGUGUUCAGCCAGAUCCGGGGAGCUCCACGCCACAACCCCCACCAGCCAGCGAGCCAGUUUGCUCAAACCUACCUCUUCCAGACCAACAAUCGGUUUGGCGCACGUCGACAUGGCCGCGGAGGCGACAACCACAUGCAGCGCAUGGAGCAGCAGAUUCAGCGAGCUGUCGAGGCUGCAAAGGCUCGACCAAAAGCCAAGCAACUGGUUGUGGAAGGUAGCUUGGGAAAGAUUGCGUUUAGCAAUUCAAAGACACCGCGGCCGCUGCUCAACCUCAAGCGACCCGAGACCAACGACAAGCUUCCCAAGCCCCACAGGUCCUCGAUUGCCGAUCGCAAACAGGCCCUUCGCAACAUUGAGGCUAUCUACAAGACCCUGAUGCAGAUGGAAGACCAUGAGCGGGCCAUGCCAAUGCCAAUCCAAGAGAACAGCCCCCCUGAAGCGAUCCAGGCGCACAUGGAGUGGCGAUCACGCAUCGAGACGCUCCACGAGCAGCUCUGGCAGAGCACCAAGAUCAUGGAGCCGAUAAAUCCCAAUACUCCGCACCCCUUCAUCUCGAUUCUUUCACACGCCAAGGGCAAGAAGGUGAUUCCGCGCCUCUUCCGCCACAUCAACGAGCAAGAGCGCAUCACGGUCGUGACCAUGAUAGUCGUCCACCUGGAUGCUCUCUCCGUAGUAGGCCAUGCCGUUGCGACGCCCGACGAGCCUCUCAGUGCUGCCAUUCGAGAAGAGGUCGAUCUCUUUUCACAGACGGUCAUGUCGCCCAUCCACGCGCACAUCUCGGAUGCGCCGUUGAACAUUGUCAUUGGUCUCCUAGGACUUGUUUUGGACCGCACCAACCUCCACGUCGUCGCCCGGAGCAGGAUUGGUCUUACUCUGUUGACGUUCCUCAUUUCUCGGGCUGAACUGCUGAAGCAGUCGGCGCCCGAGAUGGUGACUGACUGGCAGCAAUGGACUGGGCUUUACAACCGCUUGUUCGACGUGAUUGAGCCUGUCCUUCCCUAUCUGUUCCCUGGAAGCAUCAACGACACUGACGACAUGUACAUUUGGCAGUUCCUGGCUGCAAUGGGGGUGGGCGCCAGUCCAGAACAGCAGCAGAGGCUUGUGCUCGGCGUAAAGGACCGCGUCAUGGAAACAGUGUCUGUUAGCAAGGCCCUGCCUCCUGACAUGGCCAGCGCUCGAACGGCAAAUGUGAACCUGUUCAUGAGAGCCAUUGGGUUGGAUGUAGAGCUCCUCGGAUGAAGUAAUGCACUGGCACAUGUUUGAGACAAAAUAACGCCGGUGGCUGUGCUGAUGCAAUAGGCGGUUGUCGGAGAGGAUGGAAGACCCGAGGUUGAAGCGCCGACAUACCAGGCAUAUCGAGGCUUGUGAUAUGGCGGUGGGUAUCUUGUGGCUUAGACGACGGGCGCAAGCAGAGUGGGCGAUUGGAAAUGCACGAGCAGGAGUACUGUAUAUGGGCUUGCAAGGAAUUGGCAUAUUCCAGCAGCGCCCAUGACGCGCUCGCAUGCAAAGGCAAUGCUCGCACCGAACCAGGGAAGACGAGCAACGUCCAUGUACGAAGGUUAACAAAAAAGCGUUGUUAUUUAAUGUCCA